CGCGUAUCAUGUAAUAUGAGCCAUGUCAGACACCGUAGCGUUAUACCCGGAAGCGGAGCUGCUGUCAUCAUCUAAACCAGAAAUAUGGGUUGAUGUCAUAAUCUUCCAUAUUGGUCUUGAAGAGAAUCUGGACAUGGUCACUGCCUUCAGAGUUCACUGACACAGACUGCAGCUGCACUUUUCAAUUUGAUCAAAAGGGCAUAAUGGCUCGAGAGGAAGAGGAAGAGGAGCUGACCCCGGCCGAAGCCCCUAAAGAGGUGGACGUCUUCACCUCUGUACAAUGCCUUGGUUACCUGUCCAGUAUCAACCUCCUGGUGGCAGUGUGCGUCGGCAUGUAUGUGCGAUGGGAGGUCACCAGCGAGCCUAUGAUUUUGGUCAUCUUUAUCCUUGGACUUUUUGUAAUGGGAAUUGCCAGCAUCUUUUACUAUUACUUUGCCAUGGAGAAAGCCAGCCUCAGUUUGUUCCAUCUUUGGGGUGGCUUCUUGCUUGGUCUUCUGUGCUUCCUCAACAGCCCUGCUUUGGAUUCAGAUGUAAAGGAACUUGUAGCAAACUAUUUACUUUUAGCAUGUGUUAUAAUGAAGGCACUGUGGGCACUGACUGAGCGAAUAUGUAACUCUGUGCAUUACAAACCCGCCUUACUCACAUCAGCUGAAUUCCUAGAGCUCCUGGGGUUCGCCAUUGCCAGCACGACGAUGCUCCUCCAGAAAUCUGCAGCUAUAGUCGGCUUGGUGGUUGCCUUGGGAGCUCUCAUCGUGGACCUAAGGAUGAAGUCGCUGCUAGCCUUACCCAAUCUGGUCACUUUUGCCUUGAUUACCUCCCUAGUUUUCUUUCAGGCCUUGGGCAUUACAGCCAACCCGUUUGCCUUGGGGUGCUAUCUGGGCAGGCAGCUGUGUGAGCCUGUGCUUGACGUGUAUUUCAGUGGCCUGGGGCCGUGCGAGCGCUGGAUGCCAGUGUUGUCUUUGGGGAAAGUGUGGAGGCGUCUGUCUCUGCUGCCUCUCAGUGUCAUUGAGAUGUACUACUUCGUCCUGGCUGCGCUGAAGCUGGGUUAUUUGGAGCAGUGGUAUCUGGUCAUCCCUGGGUUCUGCCUUUUUGGCCUGUUCUGGUCCAUCUGUCAUAUUAUUCUGAUCAUCACAAUCUGGGGCUUCCACACCAAACUCAGCGACUGUCAGAAGGCCUGGAGGACGCAGAGAACUGGGACCAGGAGCCUGGACCAGGUCAUGGCUUCCAGAGGCAUUCGACACUUUUGCCUCAUCUCCGAGCGACUGGUCUUUUUCACUAUACUGUCCACCGUCAUACUGGGGGCUGUGUCCUGGCAGCAAUCAAAUGGGCUCUUCCUCAGUGCUUUGCUGGUGGUGCUGCCUCUGGAAUCGCUGACUCAUGCCUUGUUUUACGAACUGGGAAGCUGUUUGGGAGGAACCUGCGUCGGAUAUGCUCUGGUUGUACCAACGGCGUACUGCAGCGUGGAUGGCCAGCCCGCCCUGCUACCUCCAGACCAGGUGCAGCAGCUGAACGUCCGGGCCACAGGGAUGCUCAACAGUGUCCAGCGUCUCUUCUCCCACCACAUGGUCCAGACCUUUGGCUGCGACUACUCCACCAGCGGUCUCACUCUGGAGGCCACACUCAACAAACUGCGCAGCUUCUUGGAGCUUCGGACGGCAGACGGACCGCGUCAUGACACCUACCUGGUCUUCUACAGCGGGCACACGCACAAAGCCACUGGGUCCUGGGCUCUGGCUGGUAAUGAGAGUCUCCACCUGGCCCAGUUAUUGGAGUUAUGGAAGGAGAAAAACGCUGGCCACUGUGCACGGCUAAUCAUCGUUUUGGACACUGAAAACUCCCUCCCGUGGGUCAGGGACAUCCGGAGAGUGGACGGCGUGUAUGUGGCCGUGCAGGGGGCAGAGCUAACCCACACCAGAGUGGACCCGGAGCUUGGCGAGAUCCCAUGCCUCGGAGACUUCACCGCUGAGUGGGUAGAGUUCAACUGCAACCCCGAUUCCAACUGCCAGUGGUCAGACAAGGCUCGCUCCGUUUCCGCCAUUUACGGUGUGUCCAAGCGCUGGAGCGACUACACGCUGCACCUGCCAACAGGAAGUGAUGUCGCCAAGCACUGGAAGACCCACUUUCCGAAGGCUACAUAUCCCAUGGUGCACUUGUCCAACUGGUGCUGCGGGCUGAAUCUGUUCUGGCUGUGUGGAGUGUGUCUGAGAUGUUUUCGGAGGUGUAAGCUCGCCUGGUUCCCGCCCGCUGCACUGGACACUGGCCUGGGCAUCAAGCUGGUGCAUUCAUAGACAAUAAAGAGACUCUGAACAAAACGUUUGGGAAAAAAUUGCAGUAAUAUUUAAAAAUGUGUUUCACAAAAGGGAGAAUGUAAAAGUUGGUUUUAAGGUAUGCAUAUUUGUACUUGAUUUUGCCGUAUACUGUGCCUAUGUACAAUACAUGUUACAAGAGCAUGUUACAUACAGGUGCACGUCAGUAAAUGAUUGAAUUAUUAUUGAAAAGUUAUUAUAUUUCAGUAGAUUUUUUUAAAAUUAUGGAUUAAACGCUCAGAUUAUUAUAUUAAGUACAUUUAUGUUGAUAGUCAGUUUAUUAACCCAUAUGGUAGAGCAUCUCUUAGGGUACGUUCACACUUGUUCUUGUCUUGCCCAGUUUAGUCAGUUGGUCAGAUCGUAGAUCUGGUUUGGUCCUGGUUAAGUCCAAGGUUAGUCCUAAAAUUAGUCUCUGUUUAUAUCCAACUUGGAUGUAGUCGAUGUGCAACUGUGAAUGAACUCUUUGAGAUGAGCCGCUAUGGAUUAUUUGAAACGAUAUCAGAUUUUUAGUUUGCUGCUGUGGCCAGUAACUGAUAUUUAGUUUUUAAAAUGUAGCAAGGCCCAAAACUUUAUCUUAAAUUGAAAUAAAAUCACACAUUAACUUUUCACUUUUCUAAAAGUAAUGACAAGAUGCAGCUGAGAUAUAAAAUAAUUAGUUACAUGUUUGUAUAAACUUACAGCCGUAUAACUCUCUUCUAUUUCCAUUUUGACUAAUUAGUCUGUUCAGAAACGGCACACAGACAAUUUGGCAGCGGAAAAAAUAUCAGUAUUGAAUAUUGAUCAAAUACAAAUUUUCUUCUCCUGAUAUUCCUAUUAAAAUGUAUUAAAUAUUUCUAUUGAAAAUUAUUUAUAUUCAAUAUUUUCACAGUAUUCUUUGAAUUGAUCUGAAAUAACUUUUCCUUAAUUACAAUUACAAUUUACUGAUGUGUACUUGUAUAGUGUUGUAUACUGUUAACAUACUUGGGAAAUAUUUAAAGUCAAUCUGUUGUAACCAUUACUUGUUUUUCCUUUGAGUUAUCCAUGUUCUUAGUUAUGGUAUAAUAUAAAGAUGGGUGGGUGAGGUUGUUUUAAUUUGCCUUUAAGUGCCUUACUGAUCUUUGUUUAUAGUUUUAUAUAUUUGCGCCAAGGUUUAUAUAAGUUAAAUGUGCAAUGUGUAACUUUUUUUGGACGUUGCUACCUGUUUGUCUGUACUGGGACGUUAUUGCGUUUCCUGAAAUGAUCCACAGUAUGGCAAUAAACGUUUUAUUGCUCUCAAUACCUUGGAAAAAUAUACAUUCUUUGUAUUAGUGGAGUCGCCUGUCCACAGGUCUCACCUGUAAUUUGCGCUGUUGACAUCACCUACCAUAAAGUUUAAUGCCAUACUCUGGAACAUUCUAGGCAACCCAAUAACGUAAUCAGACAUGGAUACAAGCAGGUGAGAAAGAGAGAACAGAAAAGUUACAUGUGAAUUUGUUGAUACUUUGCACCUGAUGAAAAUUUUUGGGAGAUUUGAAGCUAACUAUGGGCAGUGCUCUGGUAGAAGCUCUGUUACUCAAGUUAGAUUUAAUUUAAGCUUUAUUUUAACACAAUCUGACCAGAAAGGGGUGAGAAACCGGGGAAAUGAUUUGUGAGCUUAAACAAGUCUCACACAUAAUGUUAAGACUAAACCACCUACCGGUACACCUGUGUUGCGGCUGAGUUUUCAGACAAUCUUAACACAUUUUUGUCUGUAUUUGCUAAUGUCUGCAUCAUUGUAACUGAUGUACGCCCCCAGCGUGAUGUCACUGCAAAGUAUCAAUUAAAAGACUGCAAGACAUAUGUAGUUGUUGAUAAGUCCAGUGGAAGGAAAACUAUUCUAUGGUACUGUUUAAAUGGCUUUUGGACAUGAUUCACGGAUGCCUCUGCCCUUCUGCUAACCACACCGACAAACCACAAUGUCGAACUGUUUCUUAAAUUGAGGGAUAUUUUCGUAUCGCAUUUUAAAAGCCAUUUAUCAUUGAAAAUCUAACGACGGGGUGGUUCUGCAUGUUAACAAAACACGUCAAUGACACCCUAUGUUACUACAGUGUAUUAUCACUGACAAUCAAGCUGCAGGGAAACCAAUUUACUGCUAUACUGACCCUGUAAUCUGAUCUAGACUGUUCUUUUCUGUUUUGUUUGCAAAGUUGCACCACAUAUCUUUACGGUGACUGCUGCCUUUUUUUUUUCUUUUUUUUUUAUUACUUUUAAGUAUUAUUUUCCUAUCCUCUUCAUUUUGCCUGAAGAAAUGUUGUCUAAAAAUGGCAAACUUUGGGAAUAAACCAACUCAAAAGCCUGG